UCGGCUAUCUGCUAGUCAUUCAGCAUGGGCAGCGUCGCGCUUCUCCUCCUCGUCUGCUCGUCCUGGCUCGUGAGCAUGGCCGCGGCGGCGCCAGGACCGCCAAUCCGGGCGGUGAACCUCGGCGGUUGGCUCGUGACGGAGGGCUGGAUAAUGCCGUCCCUUUUCGACAACAUUCCCAACAAGGACCUCCUGGAUGGCACCCAGCUCCAGAUCAAGUCGACCACCCAGAACAGGUACCUCGUCGUCGAUCAGGGCGGCGCCUCCGCCAUCCUGGCCGACCGGAUUCAGGCGUCCAGCUGGGAGACCUUCAGGCUGUGGAGGAUCAACGAGACGACGUUCAACUUCAGGGUGUACGGCGGUCAAUUCUGGGGCGUCGACAGCAACGGCGCCCUCGUGGCGACGGCCACCACACCGGGGCCAUCGGAGACGUUCCAGAUCGUGCGCCGAGACAGCGACAAGACCCGGGUGCGCAUCAGGGCACCAACUGGGCUCUUCUUGCAGGCGAAGACCAUGGCAUCAGUAACAGCGGACCGUGCUGGCGAGUACACAGACUGGAGUGACAAUGAUCCAUCAGUUUUUUUAGUAAAUAAUGUCGGCAACUUAUACGGGGAGUACCAGAUAUGCAAUGGCUGUGGCAUAGCAAGAGCAACGCAGGUGCUCAGGAGUCACUGGGACACAUUCAUAACUGAGGAUGACUUCAAGUUCAUCGCGUUAAGUGGGCUCAACGCAGUGAGAAUCCCUGUUGGAUGGUGGAUUGCCAGUGAUCCAAACCCUCCUCUUCCUUUCGUUGGAGGCUCUCUCCAAGCAUUGGAUAAUGCAUUCAGAUGGGCACGGAACUACAACAUUGGUGUUAUUGUGGAUUUGCACGCUGCACCGGGGUCACAAAAUCCAUAUGAUCACAGCGCGACCAGAGACGGCUCGCAGGAGUGGGGCACCACCGAUGCAAACAUCGCCCAAACCGUGCAAGUCAUCGAGUUCCUUGUGUCGAGGUACGCGAACAACACAGCCCUCCUGGCCGUCGAGCUGCUCAACGAGCCGUUGGCGCCGGGCACAACCUUGCCUGCUAGCCUGACCAAAUACUACCAGGAUGGCUACAACGCCGUGCGCCGGUACACGCCGACAGCCUACGUGAUCAUGUCUAACAGGCUACAGAUAGCAGACCAAAAAGAGCUCCUCCAGUUCGCCAGUGGCUUCCCGGGCGCCGUCCUAGACGUGCACUACUAUAACCUGUUCGAUAGCAAGUUCGAAAACCUCACGGUAGAGCAGAACAUCGACUUCGUGCGGAACAACCGCUCCGCUGACCUCGCCACCAUCACAAACCAGAAUGGGCGCCCUCUCACUUUUGUGGGAGAAUGGUCGGCUGCGUGGGGAGUGCAAGGUGCAAACCCGACGGACUACCAGAGGUUUGCGCGAGUCCAGCAAGAUGUUUACGGGAAUGCUACCUUUGGAUGGGCCUACUGGACGCUUCAGAAUGUCAAUGCAGUUUGGAACAUGACGUUUAUGAUUCAGAAUGGAAUCAUCACGCUGAAAUAAAUCUAGAGGUCACUGCAAACAUAUAUACGUAUUACAAUAAGUAUAGCCAUACUAGAAUAAACAAGCCGUUGUUGACGUCAGUAUAGAAUAAUGAACCUUGGAGCUGCAGGUAUAUCAUAUAUGUACGGGGGAUAGCAACUCAAGCAGAUCUGACCUCCUGAUCACAUCAUCAUUUAUUGGGAUUCAGAAAUCAUCUCACAAGCUGUACCACUGAUAAGUAAUAAAAGUGUAAUGACGUCUAAACAAAAUGUGACUAAAUAUGUACGUUAUGUUGGA